CUUAUCGGUUUGAUCUUGUUGUCUGGCGUGUCAAUGUCUGGACUGGACUGUACGGCACACACGUAAACAUCGCCGACGAUGGCUCACACAGGCAUGAACCUCUGCUUUGAUCGCAUCUGGGAUUCGCGAUCCGCAUCAAUCUCAGAAUGCUUCCUCCCAGGCAUUGCCUUGCUUCCAGCUGUCCUUGCGAUAGUAAUCCUGCUUGGUCAAGUUUCGCGUGCCUUUAUCCCACAGCGAGCGCAAUGGAUGCGCCCAUUUGUACAAGAGAUCGCAGAGCCUGUGGUCGAGGUUGAACUCGUGCGCCGCCGACGAUGGACCGCCUAUACCCAAGCCUUGUCUGCACUCUCACUGGUCGGUCUGGUUCUACAAGUCGCGGCCUCUACGUUCGAUCGUUCGGGGCUCGCGGUAUUUGUUCCAAUCCUUACUUGGCUCGUCAUCAUUUCUCAACUUGUCCUUUUGAGGCCGCGAACAGUUCCAUACGCUGUAUUUUGGCUGCUCAUCAUACAAUGUAUCGUACAGGCGGUACUAACUAGUCAUCUUUUCUGGAAUAACGCUUCAUCGCGGUCCUUCAGCAUCGCUAGUACUAUCUUCGGAAUUGUUGCUAUCGUCACGUUACUUUUCAUGCCGCUUCGCGACCCAUACUGGUCUACAAAGGACAUCAGCAAGCCGUUCGAUACACCUGUGGCAACCCUACGCAGUCCAGAAGAUAUCGUUAAUCUCUGGCAGUUCAUGACAGUGUCAUGGGUUGCACCGCUUCUCACGCUAGCUGGACAAAGGCAACUCGAGGAGACAGAUGUCUGGUCUCUUCCAUACGGUUUCUCUCACAGACGACUACAUGAUCAUUUUCGUGAACUCAAAGGAUCUGUUAUCGCUCGUCUCAUCGCUGCGAAUGCCAUCGAUCUUGGUCUAAUCGUCCUCCUGGGCUUGCUCGAAUUGGUCGCUACUUACUCGGCACCAGUUCUUUUGCAAUUGAUUCUCAGCACGAUGCAAGAUCCGACCUUACCAAAAUCAGUGCCCGUCACGUAUGCAUUCAUUGUACUCGUCAUUCGCUUGAUCAGCAGUCAAUUGGGCGUCUUCAAUCUUUGGUUCGGCCGAAGAUGCUAUGAAAGAUCCCGCGGAGAGAUGAUUACCAUGUUACAUGAAAAGACCUUGGGACGAAAGAUUGCCUUCCAGGCACCACAGGAGAAGAAAGAGACUCCCGAAAAUGGUGACGCCAAUGGAUCCGCAAACGGUCACGCCAACAGUGCCGACGCGGUCAAAGAGAAGCCUUCCUUGUGGCAGCGCUUCAAGAAAUUGUUUUCUCGCAAAACGAAGGAAGAAGCAAAAGAGCCGGCCUCGAUGGGCAAAAUCUUGAACCUGAUGCGCAACGAUGUUUACGAAGUUGCACAGCGAUUUUGGGAAUUUGACAAAUUGCUUCGCGUUCCCUUGAGUGUUCUCUUCUCCAUGGGAUUGGUUGUCAACUACCUCGGAUGGUCCGCCAUGAUCGCCGUGGCGGUAGUUGUCGGUGCUCAGCUCAUCAGCGCCGGACUCGCUCGGAUCAUGAUCUACAUCGAGAGCAAGCGUCGAGUCGCUACUGAUAAAAAGUUACAAGUCAUUGGGCAAUUUGUCGAAGCUCUCCGACAUCUUCGUUGGUAUGGUUGGCAAGGCUCAUGGCUAAUCCAGGUGCUUGAUGCCCGUCAGAAAGAGCUCAAUCUUCGGGUCGUAUCGUCAUGCGUCUCUUUACUGAUCUCAUUCGUCAACACUCUAUCUUUGGAUUGCACACCUGUGGUUGCUUUCUAUGCGUACACUGUCAUUGCAAAGAAGCACCUGACAGUGGACAUUGCGUUUCCUGCACUUUCUCUGUUCGGAAUGAUGACAUUUGCGCUGAACGAAUUGCCACAGUUGAUCACAACUUUGAUCAAUGCAUGGGUUGCAGUGAAUCGCAUUGAGGAAUUUAUGGCUGAGCCCAAUCGCGAGGAAAUGUCCACCGAAGCUCUCGUCGGGGACGAUUUGUCCUUGUACAAUGCAACGUUCGCCUGGCCAGGGACUUCCCAGGCUGUGUUGAAAAAGGUCCAUGCUUCCUUUCCGACCGGCCUUACUGUCAUUUCGGGCGAAGUUGCAUCCGGCAAGACUGCUCUCCUACAGGCUCUUCUGGGUGAGCUUGACAUGCUCGAGGGUCAGCUCAUCCGACCGCUCGAGCCUAUAGGAUACUGUGCUCAAACUCCUUGGCUGCAGAGUAUGAGCAUCCGUGAAAAUAUCCUAUUCUCGGAGCAAUUCAACGAAGAGCGAUACAACAGUGUCAUCGAGGCAUGUGCCCUCACACAUGAUCUGGCGGGCUUCAGUGGUGGUGAUCAGGCGCUUAUUGGAGAGAACGGCAUAGGCUUGUCCGGUGGACAGAGGGCCCGAGUCGCACUCGCUCGUGCAGUUUACAGCCAAACAAAGAUCUUGUUUCUCGACGAUCCACUUUCGGCACUUGACCAGCAGACUGCCGAGUCGAUCGUCAACGAGUGCUUCCGUGGCCCACUCAUGAAAGGUCGCGUUGUCCUUUUAAUCACACAUCGUCAGGAAUUGGUUAUUGAAGCUGCGCAACAGUUCCUCACAGUUGAGAAUGGUCUUGUCACCACUUCUACAGACAAGCCUACGAAUAUCCAAUACAGCAAUACCCGUGAGAAAACUAAAUCAAGCAGCGAAACAAAAGGCCCCACAAAGGAUGACAAGGAUAAAACUGCGCCCAAGAAAUUCUUAGAUGAUGAGCAUCGCGAAUCCGGCGGAGUCAAACUCAGUGUUUAUUGGGAGUAUAUCAAAGCCGGCAAGCUCUCGCUGUGGGCGAUAGCUAUUGCAGGGCUAAUCCUUUUCCGCCUCGCCAUCCUCGGAGAGAACUGGUUCAUCAAGACCUGGGGUGAAUCGUACCAGACCGAAUCGCAAUCUAGGUUUAUGAUCUUUGCAGAGGACAUUGUCUCGGCACAAUCCUGGAUCUCUGACCGUCUUCCACCGCCGGAUGACGAUGUACGUCCUUGGCUACUGGUAUUCUUGGCCAUUGCACUUGUUUCCUCUUUCUGCUUUGUUCUCGCGCAGGGUAUGAUCAUCGUCAUUGGCUACACUGCUGGUAAAAACAUGUUCCGCGAGAUUAUGGAACGAGUCGCCUAUGCAACAUUCCGGUUUUAUGACGUUACUCCUGUCGGUCGACUCAUGAAUCGAAUGACCUCGGAUAUCGGUGUUAUCGAUGGCGGCAUCACUCACCAGUUCAUGAGCAUAUCUUGGAUGACCAUCUCGUGGAUGUCAUCGGUCGUGGUCAUUGCAGCGAUCACUCCUCUGUUCUUGCUCUUCACUGUCCUAUUGCUGGUCACGUUCAUCCUCAUCUUUCAGCGAUUCAUCCCCGCCUCACAGAGUCUCCGUCGGCUCGAGACAGUGUCUUUGACGCCACUCAUGUCUAACUUUGGUGCCCUACUCGAAGGCCUGGCGACCGUGCGUGCCUUUCACGCGCAGGAACGGUUCCAAGACCGUGUCAUCCACGUCGUGGAUACCUUUCAGAAGAUGGACCAUUUUUACUGGAGCGCUCAAACCUGGCUCACCUACCGGUAUGACAUACUAUCCGCCUUUGCCACCUUUUUGCUCUACUUGCUGGCCCUCGCGACUCAUCUUUCCGCCGGAUUGACCGCGUUUGUCCUUCUGGCCGCUCAACGGUUUGUUACCAAUACCCAUUACUUAUGCAAGCAGUACGGUCAGAUGCAGAUGCAAUUCGUCUCGGUCGAGCGAGUCGUGGAGCUUUUACAUCUUGAUCAAGAGCCAAAGGGGACCAUCACUCCCCCAGCCUGGUGGCCAUCGUUUUCGGGAGAUAUUGUUUUCGAUAAUGUCACUAUCCAAUAUGCGCCGCACCUUGAUCCCGCCUUGGCCGAGGUCUCAUUCACAGUCAAAGGAGGCUCCAAAACAGCCAUUAUCGGCCGUACCGGAUCUGGCAAGUCCACCCUCGCUCUCUCGCUCAUCGCCACCAUGUUACCCAACGAUGGAAGUAUCACCGUUGACAAUAUCGACCUGGCGCAAGUUGACAAGCAACUUCUGCGCACUCGCAUCACUUUCCUCGCACAGGACCCUGUACUUUUCCCUGGCACCAUGCGUGAGAAUCUCGACCCUGUCAAGGAGCACACUGAUGAAGCUUGUGCAGCGGUCCUAGAACGUGUCUGUGCGCGUCAGGGGUGGUCACUGGAUACCAAGGUCGAAGCCGGCGGCAAAAACCUCAGCCAGGGUCAACGACAGCUCGUCGGUCUAGCUCGUGCCGUACUCCGCCGAAGUGCCAUCAUCAUCUUGGAUGAGGCGACCGCAUCGAUUGAUCGUGAGACUGCCGCGCAAAUCCAACAGGUCAUGCAUGAGGAGAUGAAGGAGAGUACUGUCAUCACUAUCGCUCAUCGGUUGGAGGCUGUAAAGAAUGCGGAUUAUUGUAUCGUCUUGGGUAAUGGACGGAUUGUGAAGCAGGGACCAGCGGGAGAGAUGUUGCGAGAAGGUCAUGUGGAGGAAGUUGUCAAAGAAAACGUAGAAGAGGAGGAGGAAUCAAAAGGGGAUGAUGGUGAAGGAGGUCCGAGUGCGCCACAAUAAAUAUAGACCAG